GAGUGAGGGCGCGACGCCUGCCGUUAGGGGAGCCACCUGCGCACGCGCACAGCCGUUAGCCGGCCAUCUUCCAGGGUGUCUUCCGACCCCGGCCGAGAGCGCGCGAAAACCGCACGAGCGCGCGCCCGCACGCCCCGCCCCGCCCCGCGCGGCCCGCGAAUCCCGAGGCGGCGAGGCCCGGGCGGUUUAGGCUCCGGGAGGGAAUGCCCCGGAAGGCGGGGAACGCGGAAGAGGCUGAGGCCGGCGCGGAGGAGGCGGGCUCCGAGGAGGCCGGCCCGGCGGCGUCCCACCCGGAGGAGCCCGGCGCCGAGCGGGAGAUGGAGGCUGGGCGGCCGCGGCCGGUGCUGCGCUCAGUGAACACGCGCGAGCCGUCCCAGGUCAUCUUCUGUAACCGCAGCCCGCGCGUGGUGCUGCCCGUGUGGCUCAACUUUGACGGCGAGCCGCAGCCCUACCCGACGCUGCCCCCCGGCACGGGCCGCCGCAUCCACAGCUACCGAGGUCACCUUUGGCUCUUCCGAGAUGCUGGGACAUCUGAUGGGCUUCUAGUUAACCAAACUGAGCUGUUUGUGCCAUCUCUCAAUGUUGAUGGACAACCUAUUUUUGCCAACAUUACACUGCCAGUGUAUACCCUGAAAGAGCGGUGCCUCCAAGUUGUGCGAAGCCUAGUCAGGCCUGAGGAUUACAGGAGACUGGACAUCGUGAGAUCCCUUUAUGAAGAUCUGGAAGACCACCCAAAUGUGUGGAAGGACCUGGAGCGGUUGACACAGGAGCAUAUUGAAAAUCAGCAGAUGGCAGAGCAGACGGAAGAUUUUAAUUGAAAUUUACACUCCUGCGUCUCAGCUUUUGACAGUCCUGACAAGUCUUGAUCUAGAUCUAGAACUGGUCACUUUUUCUCAGCUUCAGGGUGUCUCAUUCUUGGAGUAAAAAUGCUCCACUGCUUAAAACAAAGUUAACUGACCUCACUCCUAGGCCUUGUGAUCUUUAAGGGCAAAUAUCACAAAAUGUAAUUUAAUGCCUGCCCCGUCUAGAAGUAUUUAUCAAGGGAAAGUCGUUGUGUUUUUGCCUCCUAGCGAGUCAUGAAGGUUUCUGUGUAAGGACGUUUGUGUUAAGUAAUUCAGUAAGAAUUCCAGCAUAUUCUUGAGUGGUAAGAAGCAGUGGCAUCUGCUUUUCAUGCCUGUUUGUGCUUGGUGAUGUGCGCACCUCCCGCUCUGAGAGACCAAGGUGUCCUUGGGGCAGGGACAAAUCUGUCUGCUCUUUGAGACCCCAGUGCCUCACUCAUUAUGAGCCUUCCAUCCGUGUUUGUGUUUGGUAGAAAGUGUUUAGAGGUUUUGACCCUUUUUUUUUGAGGUGCAUUGGUAGUGGGGACCUUAAAGUAUAUUCAGUAAACAAAUGUUUUAAAGGGAAUCAUUUUUAUAGAAAGCAGUUUUUAUAAUUUUCUAAAUUGUGGCUUUUCUCAGUCCAGUGUUGUCGCAGGGCUGUUUUAUUUCCAUUUCUAAGCCAGGAUUAGCUUUCUACGGUUCUUGUGAUGAUGGCUUUUUUGAAACUUGCUAUCUGCACAGAAGAUAGGAGAAAAUAGCCAUCCCCUUGUUUAAUCAUAGCAUUAAAGAGCUACUCCUGUACUAUAAAUAGGUUUUUGCCAAGUGUGGGUAUUUCUGUUCCUUUUUGUAAAUCCGUGGCAUUUCUGUUUGAUGCAGCAAUUUUUCAUCAGGCAGGAUCUGAUGACACUUUGCACCUGGCUGGAGGAGAGGACAAAGCCCUCCAGCUUCUGGAAGUUACUGCUAACAUACCAUGGAUUCAGAGAGUACCUGGAAUGUUUUCUAAUUUUAUACAUGCACAGAUCCUUUCCUAUAGGCUGGACUUAAAUUCAUUAACUCUAAUUCAAUACUUCUAUCCGGCAUCCUUUUUUGGUAGCUAAUCAUUAAAAAUAACAAACUCCCCAGUAGAGAAAGUGUUGGAAGAGACAGAAAAAUAAAAGGAAGAGAAAAGAUCCAAGUAGGUACACUACUUAAAUACAACCACUAACUUAACAUUUUGAACUUUCAGCCUUUUUUUGGCUUAGAUUUAGGUAGUUGAGAUCAUACUGAAUAUACAGUUUUGUAUUCUACUUUCUCAUCUAACUUUAUAACUUAAAUAUUUUUCCAUGGUAUUAUAAGCUCUUCAUAGACAUGAGUGCAGCUUUCCUUUUAUAAAUAAUGGGGUAUUUCUUGGUGUCUCCGUUAGUUCCUUCUGCUAACCUUUGAGCACAAUUCUUGUGCUCUGAUAUCAGAGUGAAGUGAAUGAAUCAAAUGCCUUACAGUUUUCCCACCUAAUCUUAUUCUCCUCUUUCAACAUUCAACAAAUAAGUGCGCCUUUUUUUUUUCUUUAGUUGUGGUAGUCAUUCAGUGACACACCUCUAAUUUUUUUAUCUAAUUUUUUUGUUGAAUUGUUGUGCAGGGAAGAAGAAAUGCUGGUAUAGAAGGCAGCCAUAUGAUUUCAAAAAUGGAAUAGGAUGGAAGAUUUAAGGAAGCCUGCUGGUGCUGGAUUAGUUCAAUGUGGGUUUUAUUAUUUUUGUAAGCUUUGUGUCAAAAUGAGAUUUCAUGUUCCUGUUAAAACUUGCGGUUUGAGUGCUGUGUUUUUUGUGUUGUCCAAGGAAAAUUGAAAAUCUGUAGCAUGUAUGUACUCAUUUGAAAUCUUAUGAAUGUAUUAAAUGUAUUGCUCUUAAGAGACUGUGAUCUUAAUCUCUUUUGAGUUUUUUUUUUUUUUUAAAGCUUCUUUGGAGACAUUAAAUGGUGCUAAG